AAUUGUUUGGUUAGCUCCGGACUCAACAGCGUUGGACGUCGAAAGUGGAACUAGCGGACCCGGCCAAAAUGGACUGACUUAUAAGCUCAAAUCGAAUCUUGGCCAGCGGACCUGUCCGUUUUUGUGUCCCUGGCGGAAUUCGGAUUAUCAGCUGCUGAUUGCGAACCCUCUCUGUCUAUAAUUGUUUUUUGAUUUCGAAGAACCUCGAGAAGGCGGGGAAAUGUCACGGCUCUUAUUGAUCACUCAGUGGUGUUUCCCUGGUAUCUCGGUAGUCAUUUCAGCAACACGACAUUAUUAUAAGGUUCUGAGGAAAAAUUACCGAAUUACAAAUGUGCAUGUAUAUUAAUUGCUAGUGUACAAAAACUGCUUUAACUCAAAAAGGUAAAUGACAUAUGUAUAGCCCGCUUGAUUAAACGCAUCCUACCCAUUUACGUACCCCUUAUAAACCAAUCCGCUUAUCUGGCCAGCAAAAAUAAUGCUGUGGAUUGCUGCUGAUCCUCUGAUAUAAGUAAUCGUUGGUCGUCGUUCGAAUUCAGUACGAGUUUACGCUUCGUCUAAAGUUGAGCUGUGAUGGAAACACCGAGAGCUAUUCUGGGCGUAGCACUGCUGCUACUGCUGCAUACCGUAGAUUUGGUGAAUGCCCGGGGUGAAGACAUCUGCCGCUUGUUUUCCAACAAUACGGUGAUCCGAGAUCCCGAGUCCUGCAGUCAAUCGAUCACGUGCAUCGAUUCCGUGAGCUACUACAGUAGAUGUACGGGAUCAACUCCGUUUUUCGACAAGGACACUGGCAAAUGCGUAAAAUCACUGUCCACAUCCACGUCCAGCUGUUCGAUUUCCUGCGAAGAUCGGACCAAACAAUUCCUGGCCGAUCCCAAGUCCUGCUACGGCUACUAUUACUGUUCGGAUGAGGACACGCCCAUGUACGGCACCUGUCCGCAGGACACCCACUUUAAUGCCACCACCCAGAUGUGUUCCCGUCAACACGAAUCGGAUUGCACCACCAGUACCUUCGAGUACUGCAACAUUGUAAAGAACUCUGUCAACUUCGACAACCUACAGGGAUGCAACAUGUAUCACGUCUGUGAGAAGGGCGUCCUGAAGGACAAGACAUGCUCGAAAACCUAUUACCAGGCUAGCACGGGCGAGUGUGUUUCCAAGGCUCUGGUGGAUUGCGAUGCCCAUCCACUGCCCACGGAUGUCUGCGGCAAGGCCAGUAAGCCCUACGAAAACAAGUUCGUCUCAGAUGACGCCACCUGUCGCGGCUACUUCUACUGCGCCAAGCAAAAGGAUGGCACCCCGGACGCGAAUCCCCAGUGGAAUCAGUGUCCCCAGGAUAAAUUCUUCGAUGCGACCAGCCAGAUGUGCAUAGCCCCCACUUCGGUCAAGUGCUCGUACGAUCGUUGCGACGGUCGAACUGCUAAUUUUGUCGAAAGUGCCACAAAGGGCUGCCGCAACUAUCUGAGCUGCUCCGACGGAGUCACGGUGGGCGAGAAUUCCUGCGGCAACUACUUCUUUAACGAGGAGCUGGGAGCAUGCACUCCAAGUGUACAGACAUACACAGCUUGCAAGUCGUAAACAAGUACUUAAAAUAAAGCUCCAAAUUCAAUGCGAUUGGUUAAUGAGUUCAGGGAGUGUGAAACUUGG